UAAUUAACGAACUUCCUAAAUAUCAUUUGCCCUGUCUUUCUCUCUCUCCAUACCUCUCAAUAUAUGUCUCAUCGCGUAUGCGACUGUUGAACUCAAGGGCGAAGGAUGACGUCAUCGCCGCCCUGAACUGAUCGUCGCCGCCGUCCCUUCAACUCACGCACCCCUUUGUUUUAUGGAAUCUUCACCGCUCGAAACCAAUACUCCCCCCACUGACUCGACUUGGAUCGCCCGGCGAGUCGCUUAGUAACGCCAUUUUUUCAGACAGCCUUUGUUCCGUAAACUACAGGCGAUAAUAUGAGGACAAGCCUUUUCAGUCGGAGGACGAUAAGGCAGGGAGCGGUGUUAGCCGUCGGAUCGGCGAAGAUAAAGCUGUUGCUGGCCUGUUGCAUCUUGUUCACAUUAAUCGCGCUCUCAGGCCGCACGACGUCGUUUAUGGGAUGGAAGCAAUACGCUGGUUCUCUUCCCCGAUCCUCUCUCCCUCGGAAAGGAUAUACCUUAUUGAUUAACACAUGGAAAAGAAAUGAUCUCUUGAAGCAGUCCAUAUCUCAUUAUGCAUCAUGUCCUGGGCUUGAUUCCAUACAUAUUGUGUGGAGUGAGCCUGACCCUCCUUCAGAAUCUCUUAUCAACUUUCUAAACCAUGUUAUAAAGUUGAAUUCCAAGCAUCAUCGAGAAAUUGUGUUGAAAUUUGAUAUUAAUAAGGAAGAUAGUUUGAACAACAGAUUUAAAGAAAUCAAGGAUUUGAAGUCUGAUGUGGUCUUUUCAAUUGACGAUGACAUUAUAUUCCCAUGCACAACGGUAGAGUUUGCUUUCAGUGUCUGGCAAAGUGCACCAGAUACGAUGGUGGGAUUUGUUCCUCGUAUUCACUGGAUUGAUAAAUCGAAUGGCAAUCAGGACAAGUACACUUACAGUGGAUGGUGGUCUGUUUGGUGGACGGGAACGUAUAGUAUGAUUCUCUCUAAGGCUGCCUUCUUUCAUAAGAAAUAUCUCAGUAUGUACACUAAUGAAAUGCCAUCAUCCAUUCGAGAAUAUGUCACCAAGAACAGAAAUUGUGAAGAUAUUGCGAUGUCUUUCCUCGUAGCUAAUGCAACUGGGGCUCCUCCUAUUUGGGUGAAAGGUAGUAUAUUUGAGAUCGGUUCGACCGGAAUUAGUAGCCUGGGAGGGCACCACGAGAAGCGGACGCAAUGUGUUAAUUGGUUUGCAGCCGAGUAUGGGCGGAUGCCGUUGGUAUCCACUUCGGUGAAGGCCGUGGAUAGCCGUUGUAGCUGGUUUUGGUGAUGAGGUCUGGUUUCUCAGCCGUUUUCACCACUCAUUUUGUUCACUUCACACAUUCCAAAUCUUACCAGUUCCCACGUUGUAACUUUAUUGCCUUACUAAAUUAUUGUCAAGUGGUGAUAGAAACAGAAUUACUCCAUUCACGUAGGUUCCCUUGUACUCUUGUACUUCAGUGUAGUUUUUAUGAGUAGCAAAUGGUCAGGUUUAAGUGGGUUCUAUGCAAAAUGCAUUCAUUCA